AUGACUACGACUCAUAAAUGUCAACGUUGUUCUCAAUUACCUCCGCCUCCACCAAUAUUUUCUAUGGGUCCACCUCCAAAAUUUUUAUCUAUGGAGAUUCGUUGUUCAUCUCGUAUGUUAUUAUCAGCAUCCGUAGCACAUGAACAAGUCACUCCAUCAUCAUCAUCAUCAUCGUCGUCGUCUGUAUCUGUCGCUUUGGGAAUCAUGAUCGCUUUACUUAUCACAACUGGUACAGUUAUUUUAAUCAAAAAUCGAAUGAUCAAACGAAGAAAAGGGCGUCAAAGACAGUAUGAUGAUAGUUGUUCAUCAAUCAAGUUUAAUGGUCAUCAUCAUGAUCGACAUUGGAGAAAAUUUCUUCCAUUAUUAAGUGAUAGCUGUAGUAGUGAUCAAACGUUGAGUACACCUUCAAGUGAAUAUCCUUGUGGUUUUAUUGAACCGCUAUUAUCGAAUGAUAUUCAACAUGAAUAUGAACAAAUAAGAUAUAAUAAUUCAGCGCAUUAUUAUUGUCUUGUUUACUGUCGUCUAUGUGCAAAUUAUCAUCACGCAUCAUCCUCAUGUCGUCAAACAAAUAUUAUUCAAUCGUAUUAUCAACAGCAAUGUACAUGUCAUCUUCGUAAUGACGGCCAUUUGUUUGAACUUCAACCUAUGCUAAGAACAAAUAUUGAUGAUAUAAAGCAUCAACUGCCAAUUUAA